GCAUGCGUGGUGGCCGUCCCGCUGCGCGGCGCCUUUGUGGCGGCGGGAGCGGGUGGCGCUAGGGCCGGGGGCCGCCUCCGCUCCCGCCGGGGGUCCCGUCCCAUCCCGUCCCCUCCCCACCUCCCGCGGGAGGCAAAGAAAGAGCAAUGGCGGCGCGCUAGCCGGGCGUCCUCGGCGCGGCCCGGCCCGGCGGCUGCGGCCCUCCCCGCCCCGUGCCGAGCGCAGCGGGCGCGCGCCUCGCCUCAGGCCGCGGCGGGAGCCGAGCGGGGCCCGGGAGGCCGCCGCCGCGGACGCCGCUUCUCCUCCUCCUCCUCCCCCCCCUCGGCCAUGGCCACCGAGCUGGAGCCGCCGGCGGCCGGGGCCGUGUCGGGCGGGGCGCCGCUGGAGGCGGAGGAGGACGAGGAGCACUGGCUGUACGGCGAUGACACCACUGGUAAGCAAGAAGACGGACCAACUUCUGGACAUGCAGAAUCUUCUCAUCCUCUGCAAGAUGCUCCUCAGGAGAACCGGCCCGUCGGCAGCGAAGACCGAGAGGUGUCACAGCAUGCCCUUCCAAGUGGAGAAGAUGAUGAAGAAGACAGUGAUAGUGACAGUGAUGAUGACGACGUGAAAGUUACGAUUGGCAAUAUUAAAACGGGAGCACCAUCAUACAUGGGAACUCCUAUGAAUCUAAACUUAAAAACGGGUAGAGGCUAUGGAGCAUCAGCUUCAGCCAAGUUGCAGCCCAAAGGUAUUGAUUUAGAUGCCGCAGGGAAUAUAAAUGGAUUGCCUGUUAUAGAAGUGGAUUUAGAUUCAUUUGAAGACAAACCAUGGAGGAAACCAGGUGCUGAUCUUUCUGAUUACUUUAAUUACGGAUUCAAUGAAGAAACGUGGAAAGCAUAUUGUGAAAAGCAGCGGCGGCUCCAGCUUGGGCUGGAUCCUGCUCCUCCCAUCAGCGCUGAAAAUAAGAUCACGGUCCAGCAAGGAAGAACAGGAAAUGCUGAAAAAGAAGUGGAAAACAAUAUCAUCAAAACAGAAUUCAAAACAGACUUCCUGGCUCUAGUGGGAGGACGCAUGAAAGCUGGCCCUCCUCCUAAUAGGAAGCUGGGUGGGACAAUUGAUGUGAUCGGUGGCCAGGCAGGCACAAUUAGGAGAGUGGAAGGAAGACGACGUGAUAAGCAUGCCUCUGAAGAAAAUCCAAUUCAGGUUCUCGGGGAUCAUGGAAGCAAGCCCCAGCCCCCUCAGCAGCCCCAGCAGCCAGCGCAGCCGCAGCAGCCCCCCCAGCAGCAGCCCUUUGCUCCCCCAGCCGGUCCACCACCACCCCCACUCGCCGGACCUCCGCCGCCGCACUUCCUGCACCCUCCUCCACCUGUCACCUCUGUGCCACCACCGCUGCACCCUCCAGGUUUGCCACCACCCGGUCCAAUUCCAGGGCUGUUCCCGCCGCCUCUGGCACCACCGCCAGCUCUCCUCAUCCCAACGCUGGAUGGGCAGCCAGCCAGCUACAACAACAGACAGCCCCCUCCGUUUGGCUACAACUCUGCAGACUCGGGUUUCAUCAGCUACCCACCCAUCUCCACGUCCCACACGCCCUGGGUGACCACGGUGGACAAAGGCGCGAGCGGCUCUGGCAGCAGUCACUGGGAGUACUCCGGCUCACGGCGCGAGCGGGAGCGGGAACGGGACAGGGAACGGGACAGGGACCGCACGCCCACCACCAGCGAGUACAACACCGAGGACGAGCGGUACCGCUACUACGGCCGGGAGCGCAGCUAUGACUUUGAGCGGGACUACCGCCGGAGCCGGGACCGCAGCCGGGAGCGGGAGGACCGUCACCGGGAGCGCAGGCACCGCGACAAGGAGGAGAGCAGCAAGCACAAGUCCUCGAGGCGCAAGCAGCAUGAGAGCGAGGAAGGGGAGAGCCAUCGGCGCCACAAGCACAAGAAGAACAAGCGCAGCAAGGAGGAGAAGGAGACCAGCGAGGAUGGCACCCAGGAGGGAGAGGAGCAGGACAGCAAGGAGUGAGGGCCCCAGGAGGGACGUGCUCCUAUGGAACCGGCGCGGCGGCGGUGACGUUUCAUUCUGGUUUUAUUUUGUGUUUUCUUCUUGUUUUUUUUCCCAAGGGAAGAGGGCCUGGCUCUGGGUGAGCAGUGAAGCUCAUCGCAGUGGUUUGAGUCGAGGCUGCACGUGCAGUUAAACUCUUUUUUUGUUUUCUUUUUUGAUACGAGACGAAAUACAGCAGUACUAGUAUAUAAAGCACUGAGCUACUCUAUUCAUAAACAUCCUUAGGGAGAACUUUGUUGUAUCAGAUCCUAUGGUUUCUGAUGGAAGAUGGCUUCAGCUGAAACUAAUGCAUUUAGGUAAUAGUUUUUGUUUAUUAUUUUUUAUGACCAUCAUUCCUUUUUUGAAAAAUAGGACAGUAAGUGCAACUUGAAAUUUAUUGUCCAAAGAAAAGUGUGAUUUAGAUCCCGAGAGCCAGCUUAGGGACUGGCUUCUAGUAGUGAAGUCUCACCCCCAGAUACAGUUCUGCAUAGCUACGAAAACACGUUCCCAUUUCUGUGUGCCAGGCAGACAGCCUGUGAGGAGGAGGAACGGCUCCUGCUGGGGGGCCUGGGUCUGUCUGACUGCUCUGCUGCCUUUGGGAAGCUGUUGUGUUCACACAGGGUAUGCAAAGACUUCGAAGCUUCUUUUAAUCCAUCACAAACGUUACACCCGUAAGUGGAAAACCAAUGGACGACCCAUAGUAAGAGCAUGAAUUUCUUUUUAAUUAGCUUUGACUAACUGUUUUUUUUAACCAAGGGUUGAGCUGAAUAAUCUAGCACACUAGGUAACAAGAAGUUCCAUCUAGCAGUUUGCCCUCGUGGGGUUGGCUUAUUUCUAUUUGGAUAUUACCAACACUCCUGUGCAAUGCAUUCCUUCCCCCUUAGAUCUUAAAAUAAAUUCAGUCAAAUUCCAGACUUUGUUUGGACUUCGGUACUGGUUAAGUAGGGUGCAAACAUAUUUCUGGGUGGGAAGAACAGGGGAAGUAGUUUUGAGGGGUUUUGGUAUGCCUGGUUCUUAAAGAGAAUGUUGCACUUCUGUUAGCAUGAAUCCACACGUGUCUCAUUUUAAGUAUCUUCCACUGUUUUGACUUGAUAUUUCAAACUGUUCUAAAUCUCUGCCCUAAAAUAAUGUGGUUUUGAAACUUUACAUAUUUUUUGUAUUGUAAUCUUGCAAGUCGGAGUGUCAUGUGAAGCUUACAACUGUAGAGACUUGAGCCAGUAUAGCACUAUGGUAACAGUUUAUAUGCUAUGAUGGUGCAUUUGAUGGGUCAUUAACUACCCAACCUAUGGGAAGAAGAAUAAAGUAUGGGGUUUUUUUUUU